AGGGCCUGUAAAGAAUAAUACGGGUAGAUUGGUUGAUUUUCCUUAAAAUGAAAGCCAAAAGAAAAAUUCAAGGUAACAACCCAGAGUAGACUAUGGUGAUUGUCAAGCAAACUUAACGACCUUCACUUUCAGAGACAGGACAUUGCAAAAACAGAAGCCAGAUUCUUUCAAUUGCAGUGUAAAAGAGGUAAAAAGUGAUCUGAUCUCAUUUCUAGUUAAAUCUGAACAUAAUCUAUUUCAUAAAAAUAAUGUCAGAUUGAAUUUACAUGCUUCAAAUCAAUGUUACUGCGUAGUUAUGAUGCUAUUAAUGAAAGUGAGAAUGAGGGUUUGUUAGGAUUUGGAAUAUUGAGAAUUCAGCUAUGGAACCCAAAUCACCUUCCAAACUUCAGCUCUCUAUCAUAGGUUUUUCUCAUUAUAAAUGGAUUUUGAAAAUAUGUGGAGUUUGUCUAGUGAUUUUGUUGUUGUUGUUGCUUGGUGUUUAUUUUGCAUCUAAUAAAGCUGGGAAAGCUGUAGUGAAGAGUGGUUUUUAUCAUUAUACGGUUGUUGUGGAUUGUGGAAGCACUGGGACGCGAGUUAAUGUGUAUAAAUGGUGGAAACCAGCAAGUUUAAGUAAUUGGGAUUUGCCAAUUUUAGUGCAAUCUUAUCCUGACAAUUCAACUCAGAGUCUGUCUAGGGGAAGUUCUUGCAAGUAUCAUUGUGUGCAAACAGAGCCAGGUUUAGAUAAGUUUGUUGGUAACUCCACGGGAGUGAGGCUGUCGUUAGAACCAUUGAUCCUAUGGGCAGAACAGUGGGUGCCUCGUGAAAGACAUGGAGACACUCCCAUUUUUGUCUUGGCUACUGCUGGACUGAGGAGGUUGCUAAUUGAGGAUGCUAGGCAGGUUUUGGAUGCCGCGGAGGAUGUUGUUAAGGAACACUCAUUUGUUUCUAAGAGAAGUUGGAUAAGGGUCUUGAGUGGGAAGGAAGAAGCGUAUUAUGGUUGGGUGGCUUUGAACUAUAAAAUGGGGAGUCUAGGUAAUUCCUCAAUGGGGCCUACGUUAGGACUUCUUGAUUUGGGAGGUUCAUCGUUGCAAGUUGUAAUGGAAGUACAUGGUGGUGGAAGAAAUGAUGCUAAUUUGAUAAGGUCAAAGAUUGGAUUGGUUGAACAUUAUAUUUUAGCAUUCUCAUUAUCAUCAUUUGGUUUGAAUGAGGCAUUUGAUAGGACAGUUGCCAUGCUUAGUCAGGUCCAGCCAGGUGGAGGAGGUAAUAAUGAAAGAUACGAAGUUAGGCAUCCUUGUCUUGGUUUUGGUUUUCAGAGAAAUUAUACUUGCUAUGUCUGUGAUGGGAUAAAUGUCCCUUAUCAAAAGAAUUUGAGCAUUCAAACGCAUAAAAGUGAAAUUACUAAUACUCACCUGGUUGGAGACCCAGAUUGGGAGAUAUGCAAAGGGAUUGCAAGGGCUGCCGCUCUCAACUUAAGCAGUUUGGAUUGGUCACAGCCAACUGAUCUCAAUAAUUGCAAAACUGGCCUGUCUUCAUAUGGUAGUGACACUCUAAAUUUUAUAGCUGGAACCCACCCCUCAAGACGAUUUCAUGCUUUAUCUGGAUUUUUUGCUGUUUACAACAUGUUAGAUCUGGCUCCAAUAGCUAAUUUGACUAAGAUUUGGGAGAAGGGUCAGCAGAUGUGUUCAAAAUCAUGGCCUGACUCGAGCAACACUUCUGGAAACCAAAACAACAUUGGCAAAUAUUGUUUCCGGGUGCCUUAUAUGGCAUCGCUCAUUGAGGAUGCUUUGUGUCUUGGUGAUAAAGAAAUAGUGUUUGGUCCUGGAGAUCUAUCUUGGACUUUAGGAGCUUCACUAGUUGAAGCGGAGAAACCAUGGCCAAGCUCUACCGAAACAACCAUUUUAUCCCUGAAAAGUAAGGAGGUUCUAUAUUCCUCCGUCCUUUUGUUCCUUCUACUUCUGUUUAUUUCAUUUAUUGUUUACUAUAAACAAAUAGAGUUGCCUAUGCCGGGCAAGAAGAUUCCUGCUGUCAGACUAUCUUUCACAUCGUAUGUUCAUCCUAAACUCCGUCCGAACUAAUGUUUGGUCACGACAACAUUAGGUAACAGAAUUGUCAGUGGGAUUUAUGGUUCAAGAAUGACUGCAGAAUGCUAGCUUUCUAAGGUGAAGCGUGUCUUGAUUGGAAAAUGACUGUGAUAGGCAACGAUGCUAUUAAGUAUAGCAGCACAAAACAAAAAUAGAAAGAAGCAGAUCAGCCUACAUUGUUAAAUAGGAGAAUAUCAGCAUGCAACAAGAUAUUUCAAACAAUCGCUUGAAAUGCUAAUCUGCUUUCCAUGUUGCUUGCAACCGUGUGAAUGUCCUGCUGUGUUGUAGCAUGCAUAUGGAAAUGUCUCCUGUUUUCCUUUUAAUUUGAUUUCUUUUGUUACUUUCCUUGUCUGGAAUUCUGUACUGCAUGUGGUACUGCAUUCUGAACUCAAGCAAAAAAGUUUGUGAAUGAUUCUUUAAACUCAGGUGGAGAGGUUAGUGAAUAGAUUUUGAUGGGAA